GAGGUUUCAUUAUGUUGGCCAGCCUGGUCUUGAGCUCCUGAUCUCAAGUGAUCCACCUGCCCUGGCCUCUCAAAGUGCUGGGUUUACAGGCGUGAGCUACCGCACCUGGUCUAUUUCUAUAUUAUAACAGUCACAGAAACACUCCUAUUUCCUCUCCCCCAUCCCAUCACCAAGUGAUUGUCAAUUUUCCAUCCUAAACAUACCUCAAGUGUAUCUACUUCUGCCUUCCACAGUCCCAUGCUGGUCCAAGUCACAUUGUUCUUUCACCUGAGCUAUGACAAACACCUUCCACUGCUCCUUCUCCGCACUCCAAAUCCAGCGGUCUCCUGUCCCCUCAUCAGUUCACCUCUGGGCAGCCAGAGGGAACUUGCAUUUUUAAUUUAAUUUUUAUUUAUUUCUGGGGACAGGGUCUUGCUCUGCCACCUAGGCUGGAGUGCAGUGGCAUGAUCGAAUUCCUGGGCUCAAGGGAUCCUCUUGCCUCAGGUCUGCCAGGACCACUCCCCCGUCCCCCCCCCCCCACCAUCUGUGAGUCAGGCAGCUGAGCUUCUCAAGUCUCCGACCCCACCCUGCUCUCGGAGUCUGCAGGCCUCGGCCUAAUGGCAGCGGGAGGCAGGGUCUGGAGGCCGGUCUGCCCGCCAGGAAGGUUGGGGGUCCCUGGCCAGAAGGAGGACCAGGAGAGGCUGAGGGGGACUUUGGCAAAGGAUGAAGGGGACCCUGGGUGAGGCUAAGGCUGAGGCUGAGGGGGGCUCGGGCUGUGGCAGAGGAGGAUUGGGGGUGAGGGGGUCUCGGACUGAGGCUCACGGAACCCAGGCUGAGGCUGAGGGGCAUCGAGGCUGAGGAGGAUCCGGGCUGAGGCUCAGGGUAACCCAGGCUGAGGCUGAGGGGGAUCCGGGCUGAGGCUCAGGGGACCCAGGCUGAGGCUGAGGGGGAUCCGGGCUGAGGCUCAGGGGACCCAGGCUGAGGCUGAGGGGGAUCCGGGCUGAGGCUCAGGGGACCCAGGCUGAGGCUGAGGGGGAUCCGGGCUGAGGCUGAGGGGGAUCCGGGCUGAGGCUCAGGGGAACCCAGGCUGAGGCUGAGGGGGAUCCGGGCUGAGGCUUAGGGGAACCCAGGCUGAGGCUGAGGGGGAUCCGGGCUGAGGAUCAGGGGACCCAGGCUGAGGCUGAGGGGGAUCCGGGCUGAGGCUCAGGGUAACCCAGGCUGAGGCUGAGGGGGAUCCGGGCUGAGGCUCAGGGGACCCAGGCUGAGGCUGAGGGGGGAUCCAGGCUGAGGCUCAGGGGAACCCAGGCUGAGGCUGAGGGGGAUCCGGGCUGAGGCUCAGGGGAACCCAGGCUGAGGCUGAGGGGGAUCCGGGCUGAGGCUCAGGGGAACCCAGGCUGAGGCUGAGGGGGAUCCGGGCUGAGGCUCAGGGGACCCAGGCUGAGGCUGAGGGGGAUCCGGGCUGAGGCUCAGGGGAACCCAGGCAGAGGCUGGGAGGACACAGGCUGAGGCAGAGGCUGAGGGGAAUUCGGGCUGAGGCAGAGGGGGACCUGGACUGAGGCAGAGGCUGAGGGGCAUCCGGGCUGAGGUUGAGGAGAACCCAGGCUGAGGCUCAGGGGAAUCCGGGCUGAGGCUGAGGGGGACUCGGGCUGCGGCAGAGGAGGAUCGGGGAUGAGGGGGACUCGGGCUGAGGCUCAGGGGAACCCAGGCUGAGGCUGAGGCUGGGAGGACACAGGCUGAGGCAGAGGGGGACCCGGACUAAGGCAGAGGCUGAGGGGGAUUCGGACUGAGGCAGAGGGGUCCUGGGCAGGGACAGGACCCACCUGGAGCCCGCAGGCCCACCGGGAGAGGCACUGACCCAGCGGCCCGCAGCCGGGUGUCAUGGCGGCCUCCCCGCCACGCCCUCCUCCAGCGCUCUGCUCCCUUCAGGGCGGAAGUCUGGGUCGAGCGUUGGUGACGCCAUGACUGUGCCUGCGACGCCCUGUGACUGGCAGGAACCAGUGCAUGAAUUACUUUGGCUAAAAGGAGGUGAGCAGCCCUCUGCCCUUCCAGAGCAAGCAUGGAGCAACAGGAUCAGAGCAUGAAGGAAGGGAGGCUGACGCUUGUGCUUGCCCUGGCAACCCUGAUAGCUGCCUUUGGGUCGUCCUUCCAGUAUGGGUACAACGUGGCUGCUGUCAACUCCCCAGCAGUGUACAUGCAACAAUUUUACAAUGAGACCUACCGGGAUAGGACUGGUGAAUUCAUUGAAGACUUCCCCUUGACGUUGCUGUGGUCUUUAACUGUGUCCAUGUUUCCCUUUGGAGGCUUUAUUGGAUCCCUCCUGGUCGGGCCCUUGGUGAAUAAAUUUGGCAGAAAAGGGGCCUUGCUGUUCAACAACAUAUUUUCUAUCGUGCCUGCGAUCUUAAUGGGAUGCAGCAAAGUCGCCAAGUCCUUUGAGCUUAUCAUUAUUUCCAGACUUUUGGUGGGAAUAUGUGCAGGUCUAUCUUCCAAUGUGGUCCCCAUGUACUUAGGGGAGCUGGCCCCUAAAAACCUGAGGGGGGCUCUUGGGGUGGUGCCCCAGCUCUUCAUCACCGUCGGCAUCCUCGUGGCCCAGAUCUUUGGUCUUCGGAAUCUCCUUGCAAAUGAAGAUGGCUGGCCGAUCCUGCUGGGGCUGACCGGGGUCCCUGCGGCACUGCAGCUCGUUCUGCUGCCCUUCUUUCCCGAGAGCCCCAGAUACCUGCUGAUUCAGAAGAAAGAUGAAGCGGCAGCCAAGCAAGCCCUGAAGACACUGCGCGGCUGGGACUCUGUAGACGCGGAGGUGGCCGAGAUCCGGCAGGAGGACGAGGCCGAGAAGGCCGCCGGCUUUAUCUCGGUGCUGAAGCUGUUCCGGAUGCGCUCGCUGCGCUGGCAGCUGAUAUCCAUCAUCAUCCUCAUGGGCGGACAGCAGCUGUCGGGCGUCAACGCCAUAUACUAUUACGCGGACCAGAUCUACCUGAGCGCCGGCGUGAAGGAGGAGCACGUGCAGUAUGUGACGGCCGGCACCGGGGCCGUGAACGUGGUCAUGACCUUCUGCGCUGUGUUCGUGGUGGAGCUGCUGGGUCGGAGGCUGCUGCUGCUGUUGGGCUUCUCCAUCUGCCUCACAGCGUGCUGCGUGCUCACCGCGGCUCUGGCCCUGCAGAACACGGUGUCCUGGAUGCCAUAUAUCAGCAUCGUCUGUGUCAUCUCCUAUGUUGUGGGACAUGCCAUUGGACCCAGUCCCAUCCCCGCACUGCUCAUCACUGAGAUCUUCUUGCAGUCCUCUCGGUCAUCCGCCUUCAUGGUGGGGGGCAGCGUGCACUGGCUCUCCAACUUCACCGUGGGCUUGAUCUUCCCAUUCAUCCAGGAGGGCCUCGGCCCAUACAGCUUCAUUGUCUUCGCUGUGAUCUGUCUCCUCACCACCAUCUACAUCUUCCUGAUUGUCCCCGAGACCAAGGCCAAGACGUUCAUGGAGAUCAAUCAGAUUUUCACCAAAAUGAAUAAGGUGUCUGAAGUGUACCCAGAAAAGGAGGAACUGAAAGAGCUUCCACCUGUCACUUCAGAACAGUGACUCCAGAGAGAAGCCAGUGGAGCGGGUCUGCCAGGGGCUUCCUCCUUUGGGCUGUUUUUCUGACUUCUAGCUGUCUGUAAAUAUCCAGAAAUAAAACGAGUCUGACGUGGAAUGCAGCCCUCAUCUCCAGCCUCCCCACUCCAGUGGGAACUGUGCAAAGGGCCUCCUUGCUGUUCUUGAAGCCAGGCUGUCUCCAGAUUGGCCCGUCACCAGCCCGAGUCAAGCAAACAGCUGGUCCUCCACCUUGCUGGGUCAGCCUUUGUGUGGCUCCUGGUAACAUAAUAAAAACAGUUACUAUAGUGGCGAAAUGGAAGGAAUUAAAUUUUGCCAGAUAAACUGACUGUGGCCCCGACAGAUCUUCUGGGGCCCUGGGCAUUUGUUUAGAGCCAAAUUCAUCCUCUUAUCAGAUCCUUUUCCAGAAAUACCUAUCUAGGAAGGUGUGAUAUCAGAAACGACAUCCAGAAAGCUAAGGAACAGGUCCCUGUGGAGACACUGAGUCAGAAUUCUUAAUCCUAAAUUAUAUUAUCAGUGGAAAAUGGAAUUGCUUCUGUGUAGUCAAUAAAAUGAAUCUGAUCACUUUUCAACAAGACAUGCUGCUGUUUGAGAGCAAAUGGAAGGCAGGAGGAAGUUCCAGGCUCCUUCAGCCAGUUCGACUGCACAGGUAGUAGUUCCUUGAGGGCAGGGGCUUGGUCAGUUUUGUUUAUCCCUGAAUCUCCAGAAUCUAGAAGAGGGCCUCUGGAGGCUGAGGUGGGAAGAUUGCUUAAGCCUGGGAGGUGGAGGUUGCAGUGAGCUGAGAUUUCACCACUAUAUUCCAGCCUGAGCAACACAGACCCCAUCUCAAAAAAAAAUUUUUUUUAACUGGGCAUGGUCCCAGCUAUUUGGGAGGCUGAAAUGGGAGGAUCACUUGAGUCCGGGAGGUCAAGGCUGUCCUGAGCCAUGAUUGCAUCACUGCAUUCCAGCCUGGAUGACAGAGUGAGACCUUGUCUCAAAUAAAUAUAUAAAUAAAUAAAAGAUUGAGCAAGCUUCCAAAUGUCCUCAGCUGUGUAGUGAAAUCUUGAGGAGUCUUGAAAUCUUGAGACUGUGGCCAGGGAGGAAGGGAAAAGGAACAGUGUCUUGAUAUGGUUUGGCUGUGUCCCACCCAAAUCUCAUCUUGAAUUGUAGCUCCCAUAAUUCCCCUGUGUUAUGGGAGGGACCCUGUGGGGGAUAAUUGAAUCAUGGGAGCAGUUUCCCCCAUACUGUUCUCAUGGUAGUGAAUCGGCCUCAUGAGAUCUGAUGGUUUUAUAAGGGGAAACACCUUUUGCUUGGUUCUUAUUCUCCCUUGUCUGCCACCAUGUAAGAUGUACCUUUUGGUUUCUACCAUGAUUGUGAGGCCUUUUCAGCCAUGUGGAAUGGUGAGUACAUUAAACCUCUUUUUCAUUACAAUUUACUCACUCUCUGGUAUGUCUUUAUAAGCAGCAUGAAAAUGCAUUAACACAGGUCUCCCCCCAGAAAUAUAGAGAGCUGGAGGCUUUUCUUAGAGAUAUGAAUAAAGGGUGCAAGUGUAAGUGUACGUAUGUGCAAAAACAUAGAUAAAACCUUGAAAGUGCUGAAUGGCCUGUGCAAGAAGUGAUGUCUUCUCCUGGUAGUUGGGUGGCAGAGACUGGUGGCCAGGAGAGACAGUAGUGGGACUUGGGAGCACCUUUUGUGGGUAUGGAAUGGCGAUUCCACAACCAACAAGCUAAAUUACUCACAAGCAGGUCCAGAGGAAGUGAAUGAACACUGUGGUUGAACCAUCCUUGACCUUCUGCAGCAGGGAUCUGCAUCCUGGAAGGGGCACAGAAACAACCAAAGAGGAAGGCUCUGAGAGCUGAGGAGUAGCCAGGUUAGGAUAUCAGAAGUUAAGACACUGUGGCACCUCUAACACAGGGGAGGCUAUGAAAUUCAUGGUUCUGGAUGUCUACUUCCUGGGUUCAAACUUUGGUUAUGCCACAUUUAUUGUGCAACUCAGGCAAGUUACUUGGCUUUUCUGUACCUCAGUUUUCUCUUCUGUUAAGUGGAACUAAUAAUAAAUGUCUCACAUGGCCAUCAAGAGAAUUAAAUAAAUUUAUAUGUAGAUCAG